AUGUUAUAUGGAAACGUUGUUAGUAUGGCUCUUGUACAAGUUACUACCAAUGCUAAUAACCAAAAUUCUAAGAUUACAGAAUGCAAAGAUAAAUAUUAUGAGUAUUUAAGUGAUAUUGAAGGAUAUACUAAUAUUUUUAAUAAUAAUAUUUGUACAAUUCAGGAAAAAAAAUGUCAAGAAGUAAAUGAAUUUAUAAAGAAAAAACAAGCUGAAUUAAAUGAUUGUUACAAAGAUAGUUACAUACCUCUUCUCAUAAACGAACAACCAAUAGUAAAGUAUAUUAUUCAAAAUUGUUCUAAUAUAUCUGCAUGCAUUAGCGAUGUCGUGUACAGUGAUGAAUCUACUACUGAAUUAAAACAGGAAACAGAAGUGUCACAUCAACAAAAUCAUAGUUCACAAGUCCGAGAGAACGAAGAUGUUCUUUCUAAAUCUUCUGAAACUGAAGUCGAUGUAUCUGAACCAACAGAAAAAAAUCUAUCGGUUCCAAUCGAGCAAAGGCAAAAUCUUACAGAAUUUGUAUCUGUCUCAGAUUCUUCGUCGACAAAACAAUUGUCUAAUAAAGAUAGUUCUUCACCUUUAUUCACAGAAGGCACUCAGGUACAUGAUUCGUGUAUUACAAUACAGGCAAAUGAUGUAGAUAAAGAUAUACCAAAAAAUAUUUUACCUAAAUGUAAAAAUAUUGGGGGGAAAACCGCUGAAUCACAAGAUGUUUCCGUUGACAUAGUUAAUGAAGAAAAACAUGAUUGUGUAUCUCUCUCCGAUAGAUCUACCGGUUCUGCAUGCUAUAACAAAAUUUCUCUUCCAAAAACUACUAAUCAACCAAUCACGGAUGAUAUUGCAGGAAAAAAUAAAAGCGGUACUUCUUCAGAAGUAAGCACAGAAAAAGGAAAAAAUAAUUUAGGAGCAACGGAGGGAACAGAGGUUACAGGAAAUACUGGAGAUAUUCUUGUAUUAGAUGCGUCUAGUGAUAAUGACCAAGGAAUACCAUAUAAAAAAUAUAUUAUAAUGAUUUUAGUUCCAUUGGCAAUUAUUUUAUUAUUCUCAUUUCUUUUGAAAGUAAUCUAA